AUGACCAUCUACCACAGCUGGAAUCGCAGUCUUGCUGGAAAGGAAAUGCAAGUGACGGUAGCGGCUCUGUCAACGCUCACCAUCUCUCAGCAACAGGGACACGAGGAGCAAGAGCAAAGCCAAAUGCAGCAGGAGAAACGAGCGCUCGCCAAAUCAACAGCAGCGCCAACGUUGACAUUCUCUGUGCGGCCGUAUUUCGGCUGGACAAGGCGUCUCGAGGAUCAAUGCGUUCCGUCUCCGUCCUUCAUCUCCCAUCCAACCCUCCUUGUUGAAGGCCCAUACGGGUACCACAUCUCAUUGCACGGUUAUAAUAACGCUCUCAUGAUCACGGGCGGGACAGGGAUCAGGGUUGCAACUGCGUAG